AUGCCUAAAUUUAUUGGAUCCAUUGACCAAGGAACCACGUCUACACGAUUUGUCAUUUUUAAUGAACAAGGUUCACUUGUAACUUUUCAUCAAAUAGAACUACAGCAACAUUAUCCCCAGCCUGGUUGGCUUGAGCAUGAUCCUUUUGAACUAUUAGACUCUGUUAAUAUCUGUAUUGAGCAUGCUGUCCGUAAGCUAUCUUUACUCGGCUAUCAACCUUCUGAUAUUCAGUGUAUUGGCUUAACCAACCAAAGAGAGACUUUGAUUACUUGGGAUAGACUAACUGGUGAACCUCUCUAUCCUGCUAUUGUUUGGAGUGAUACUCGUACGAUUGAUACAGUUGAACAGUUAUCAAAGAAAUCAGAUAAAGGAGCCGAUGCCUUAAAGCACAUCUGUGGCUUACCCAUCACCACUUAUUUCUCUGCAGUCAAAUUGCGCUGGCUUCUGGACAACAUCCCAAUUGUGUCACAAGCCCAAAAACAAAACCGUUUAUGUGUCGGAACUGUGGAUGCUUGGUUGAUUUAUAACCUUACUGGCGGCUUGGAACGUCAUGGUGCCUACGUAACCGAUGUAACAAAUGCAAGCAGAACUAUGCUUAUGGACAUUCAUACUUUGACAUGGAGCCAAGAAGCCUUAAACUUUUUUGGUUUUGAACAAAUUCAUUUACCUCGAAUUGUUUCAUCUUCUGAAAUCUAUGGGGAGCUUGUUGAAGGGGCUCUCAAAGGUGUGCCCAUUGCUGGUUGUCUAGGCGACCAACAAUCAGCCCUCGUCGGUCAACAAUGCUUCAAUGUCGGUGAUGCUAAAAAUACUUAUGGUACAGGCUGCUUCAUGCUCUUCAACACAGGUGACAAGCCCGUAAAAUCCAAGAAUGGUCUUUUGACUACAGUUGCUUAUAAAUUGGGUGAGAAUCAGCCUGCAUCUUAUGCACUUGAAGGUUCUGUUGCCGUCGCUGGAUCAUCCAUCAAUUGGCUCCGUGACAAUAUGGGAGUGAUUGAAGAUGCUGCUCAAUUAAAUGAAUUGGCCUCCAAGGUGAAAGAUACAGCUGGUGUUUAUUUUGUUACUGCCUUUGCUGGUUUAUUUGCUCCUUACUGGCGGUCAGAUGCUCGCGGUACCAUCUGCGGUAUCACUCAUUUUACAAAACUAGAACACAUUUGCCGUGCUACACUGGAAGCUGUCUGUUAUCAGUCUCGGGCUAUCCUUCAAGCUAUGAAUCACGAUGCUCAAAGCCCUCUUCGCAUUCUCAAAGUCGAUGGUGGUAUGUCCAAUUCGGAUGUCUGUAUGCAAAUUCAAGCUGAUAUCUUGGGCAUUCAAGUCGACCGUCCUCAGAUGAGAGAAACGACUGCUCUUGGGGCUGCCAUCGCUGCUGGAUUUGCUGUAGGCGUUUGGAAAUCAUUUGAAGAAUUAAGCAACGUCAACAAAGAAGGAAGAUCUAUUUUCGAAUCCAAGAUUACUCCUGAAAAGCGUGAAAAAAUGUGUCGUGGAUGGGAGCAAGCCGUGAAGCGCUCCUUUGGCUGGGCUAAUCCUCAUACAACCGUGUCUACUCGUGAAGAAUUAGAAGUCAUUUAG